AAAAAGAAACCAAAAAAGUGGGAGUUGGAGAAUGGUCUGCGUGUAGUCUCUCUUUUCUUGUUAUUUGAAGAAAAAACAUUUUAUUCACCUUAAUGCUUACACCAUUUCCAAAUGAUAUUUUAUUAUGUUUCGCGAGACACAUCGAAGAAGUCACGGUUGUUUAUUAAAAAAGCGUUGAAUUUUUCGUUUUUAUUUUCUUUUUCACAUUAAUAUACAAGAGCGGUCGGUGCUAUAUACAUACUUUCGUUGCAAUAAAGUUGAUAAAUUUCUUCUCGUUUUUUAUCGAUCAACAAUAUAGACAAACAUUAUAUUUAUUGUUGGGUGAAAAUAAAUCGAUUUUUUAACAAGUACUUGGUGAUCUUAAGUGGAUUUUUUAUCGGUGCAACACAAGAAUUGCAUUUUGGAUUAAAUUGGAAUUGUACGGCUUUCGUUCUCUUCGUUGAUCAUUGUGCAAAGUGUAACAAAUUCUUCGACAUAAUCGCAAUUUAUAUAAAAAGGAACUGAAAGAUCCUGUUCCAGUGUGGUAAUCGCUUUCAACGGACAUAACAUGCGAAGAACUUGAGCCUGUUCUCGUUGUCAUCAAUUUUUCUUCUGCUCUUUGAAACGAUUUCUCAUCAAGAUGAUGCCAAAAUCAAUUUCUUCACUUCAACUCGCACCAUUAAUAUUAGCUUUAAUUCUUGUUAAGCAAUGUGCUUCGGUUUCCGGACCAGUGUAUGUUAACCCCAAUGCUCCAGUUCAAGUAGUUCAAGUACAACCGACCAAGGUCAACCGAGAUCCCAGUACGUUUGAAACUCAAACAGUUUAUGGCUUCUUAGAUUUUACAACCACAAUAGGAAAUACCAUUAUGGUAUUCUCUCCCAACAGUGCACCACCACCAGAACCACCAAAACCAGCAAAGCCAACCGUAGUAAAUAGUGUAAUCGAAACGAGACCGCCAGAACAGGUGGUCGUCGCAAGUGAAAUCAAGCCGAGCAAGGCGAAAAGCUCAAGUCAACAAAUCGUUCCGGGAGCAUCAAGUGUUAUUCAUGUGGUAGCAAGUUCUCCGAAAGAAAACGUUGAACGGCCCAAACAGAACAUACCAUCAUCUAAGAUACAAAUUAUCUCCAGCCAAGUUGAGGUUGUAACAGAAAGUUCACCGUCCAUCAUCAAAUCUGUGUCGGAGAAAAAGGAGGACAAACUGUUGGAUCACAUCAAUUUCGUCAAAGCUGUUCCACCACCAGUUAUUUCCAGUCAUGUGGAAGUGCAGGAAUCGGUGCCGUCCAUUGUCACACACGUUGAAAAACCAAAACCAGUGAUUUUGUCCAGUAUUGUCGAGGUUCGGUCCAGUGAAGAAGAAGAAGAAGAGGUGGAGGAGGACGAUGAACCCGUGCUUCAAGUAGAAAAUAAUAUCGGUGAACCGGAAUACGAUUUCUUAUCGCGACAACCGUCCGAAUUUGCCGAAGAAACAUAUCGCAUCCACGAUAUCCGGCCAUCACAAUCGAAGUUUACACAGAAGACAAGAAGCCACCAGGAGACUAAAAAACCGAAUCCCAAUAAACCAGACAGUUUACAUCCGACCGGUCUUGUUACGAAAUUAGGAGGAACUGUUGUUAAAGACGGUGCCACGACUGUCCACGAAACAAGUGUCAUCGGAACGUACAUAGCCGGGAAAUACGCUCAAGUUUUGCAGAGCACCUCACAUAUAUACCAAAACAAUAACAAACACAAGAUAUCGCCAAGUUCCACAUUGAGAAUAUUGAAAACGGCUGCACCUCACAUCAACAAGCAAAAGCAACACAUCGAACCAACAUCGGUGUCGUUAAGUAGCAUCGAACGCGACAAUCUUCCCAUCGACGAUCUGCAUGGCAACUCAUCACCGAAUCAUGUGCGAGCGUCCAGACGACCUGCACAGGCAGCGGGAAGUUUCAAGAAUCGAUUCCGAAAUCGUAACAGCAAAGACUAUGUCGAUUUUCAAGAUGUGGAGCCACAACAGCCGCAGACAACUGUGAAGAACAGCGAAAAGAAGGGACGGAACAACAAUGCGAAUAACAAGCAGAAGAACAAUCGUUUCAACAACCGUUUUUCGACUUCAAGUGUAGAGUUGGCGACUGUAUCAGUUUUCAGCGAGACAACACCCAGCUAUGCCAACCGACGAAACAAGGCUGCCCAGCGAAACAAUUUCAAACCAACGACAACGUACAGCCAAUCAUCACAAGUGGACAACGUCUAUACACGACGCUUCAAACCGAAAUUGCAGGCCACUCCUGUUGACCAGGAACAGCAGACAUCGAGCUUGUACAAAUUUAAGUUGAACCGAACGCCCGGCCGUUGGCAAUAUAAGACAUCACCGAAGCCUCGCGUUACAAUCCGUAAACAGAAUUCGGAAGAUCUGCACGUACAACAGUCGACAACGCCGAACUACGAAAGCGUUCAUCCGAACGAAAAUGAUAUUCCGAUUUCGCGAUCUGACGAUAUUGACUUGGACUCGUCCAGCUCCAUCAAUGGAGAUGUUUUGAACGACGAAGAAACGUUGGACAACGGAAUCGAACAUCGGAAAUUGCCCAUUGAAACGUUGAAGGUUGAAAUAUCCACUCCAGCAGACUUUAAAGACACUUACUACGAAAUCGCUACGAUUAAGUCUCCGUACACCUUCCAGGUUGGCUCUGUGAAAAAUACUCGGUACAUCACCGUCACAUCCACAUUCGAAAAGACCCUAGAUCCAGAACCAACAUCAACAUCCAUUUUAACCGAACCGUUGACAGAGAAUAUUUUAGCGACAACGGCUCACAUCGACAAGGAACACAAUCUUCUUGAUUCGAGCAUAGCCACUCUGCCUCCGAUUUUGCUAUCAUCGGAUCAGGAAACUCCUCCUCUGGAGACAUUGACCGAAACAUUCAGUACCACCCAAUUGAUGCUUAAGACACACAUUCUGCCAGUUCUUCGGGAGGGUGGAAAUGCUACCAGCUACACAUUGACACAAACGUAUCAUAUCACCAGACUGGUCACUGCCACGAAGACCUUACCGCCAAUGGAGGCAUAUCAAUUCAAUCCGUCGAAGGCGCUCAAAGAAUUUAACAGUAAACUGGACGAGGCUGGUUCCGAGUUGAAUUUGGAAUUGGAUUUCGGUGACGAUAAUGAACACGAAGAGGAGGAUAAUGAGCGCAGAGAGUUGCCGGCUGAUUUGGACCUAUCAAACAUUGGAUCUGAGUUUGAUUUAUCCGAAGUGGACAAAUCCAACAUUCCGGAAGGACAUUUACGACCCAAGAAGAAGCAUAACAAUGCGCAGAAAGUCGAAACGAGUAUUGAACAGCAACAGCAGCAACCACAGCAACAACAACAACAGUUAAUGCAAAAUUUGAGUCCGGACCAAUUACAGCAAUUGGCUCUGUUAAGAUUCCUAAAUCCAAACGCAGCACCACAAAUUCCCCAAAUGAAUCAAGUGAUCACCACAUCGAAGCCAGUUUUGAAAACCGAAACCGUUUUCGAAUCGCAUGUCAUUCCAAUUUUCAACGGAGUAUCGACUAGCUUCAGCACCAUUUCCAGACCAGUAGCCACCGUAACGAAAACUGAAUAUGAAAUUGGCACUUCAGCCGUUCCAUCCCUUCCGCUACAGCCGCCUCCACUAAACCCAUUGUUCCAACAGCCACAACAACAACAACAAUUCCAAAUCACAACGGCUCCCAUUGUCACACAAACUGUGCUAACGCAAACUCAAAGCAAAAUUCUCAAACUGACAUUCGGAGCGAAAACAGCCUACACGACCAUCUAUUCAACAACCGUUGUGCCCACCAUUCUAACCACUUUCGUCACACAGUCAGUGGCUGUGCAGCCGACAGCUGCUUUUCCAGGCUAUUUCCCAGGAGCUCCGUUCGCUCCAUUCCCGUAUGUCGGUUAAACUUUAGACGCAUUUCAUUAUCAGACUAAGUGUUUAGUCAACAUCCCUAGGGUUAAAACAAAUUUCUGAAAAAUAUUUAUUUUAUCAUUUUUGCCAAGCUGCUCUAUUGACGAUUUUACUAACAAUAAUGGGUUGAGAGUCGGUUCGUAGCUCCGGAAGCAGACAUCAAAUUACACCCCACUUUCACUUUCUUCUUUAUCAUUGAAACAUUGUUUGACCAUCCACUAAUUUUAAGCUCGACCUUUCUCUUUCGAUAACUUCUUAAAUGGCAUUUUUGCUGACGACACCGGUGGUCUGCAGAGCCAAUACUCUCGCAAGUGAACAGACUCACGAAUCAUAAAUAAGUAGCAGCGUUUCACACAAGGUUCUGAACCUUGGUUUCACAGACAUCUUCACCGCCAUCUUUAAAUGUUUGUUUACUAGAUAGAGUAUUGGCAGGGCUAAUUUUGCAUUGCUGAGUGCUCUCUUCUUGUCGCUAUUGAUAUACAAACUAAUUUAUUUUUCGCAUCUUAUUCCAUCAAUGUUACGUCGCUUAUCAUAGCUCGACCUAGAUAUUUAAAAAAAACAUUAUUUCGCGACGUAUCAAAUAUAUUGAAAGUGCUAACAAUUUACCUGGAUUAAUGGGUAAAACGGAAAUUGAGAGAUUUUAAUUUGUAGCUUUUAAUUGGAGAAGAAAGUUUUUUUUUUGUUUUAAAUAUUAAACAAAUGUGUAAAUAGCAAUAAAUUGUGUACUUUGGAUAGGAGAGAAAUAUUAUUUUGUAAAUAAUUUAAUCGAAAACGUGUGUAAGCUCGUACCUGCUGAACGAGGUUAAAUAGAAAAGGAUUCCUUUUUUUUAAGAAAAUAAAUAAAUAAAAAUUGU